UCUAUUCCUGUAGUCUACGCUACAGUCCCUGCUACUACUGCCACCGCCACAACUGUUUCUUACUCCAGCGAGGCAGCCGCAGCUGCUGUCACCUCAGCACUUGAGGCCAACCCCAGUGAUGCGUUCCCUCUGGACAACAACAUUGCCAAGCGUGCCACUUCUACCAUCUGUCAAACCCAACCCACUGGCGCUGGCCCUGUCCCUACUGACGACAGUGCAUCUGCCUUCUUGGCUCUGCCCGACUUCUCCGCAUCGGCCACCGCAGCAGCUGCCGCCACAGCCAUUCCUUCCGGCUAUGUGAACACCUUUGUCAACCAGAAGGCAUCCAACAAUGCCUACGGUUACAUGGGUUACACCCUCCUUACUAGUUACGACGCUCAGGCUUGCGCAGACAAGUGCACCAAGAUCAACGGAUGCCAGGCUUUCAACAUCUACUUCGAGCGUGACCCUACUGUCAACCCCGACGAUUCUAGCUGCAGCAACCCUGCGUCCACCACGCAAAUCAAAUGCGUGUACUGGUCAGGUCCCGUUACAAAUGACAACGCAAACAAUGCUGGUCAGUGGAGAAACAAGUUCCAGGUCGUUAUUGCUGGAUCCAACGGAUAUGUCAACAAAUCCAUCGCUACCCCUGACGGCUACAACGCUGGUGUCUACCUCAACAACGCUGCUAUCAACGCUCCUCUUGACUGCACUGGUGAUGACACUUUCCUCGAGUCCCACGUAUUCAACAACAAGCCCUUCGAUGCCAACCUCUGCGCAGCCGCUUGCAACAGCCAGGCCAAUUAUGCUCGUGCCACUGCUCAGGACGGCAAGUUCACCAAGGCUUGCAACUUCUUCAACACCUACCUCCUGUACAAGAACAAGGUCAACAUUGGCCAAUACUGCGCUCUUUACGACCAAUCUUGGGCAUCAUCUUACGCUAAGAACACUGGCUACUAUUACGGCCAGGAUGUCUACACCGUUGGCUUCUCGUACUCUUUCUCCAACAAGACCGACCCCGGCCAGCCUAGAUACCCCUGCGCUGUUGCUUCUGCCAAGUCUGCCAUCUCUUCUGCCACGCUCCAGAGCUACUGUUCUUCUAUCUUGACUCUCGCCGCUGCCACCACUCAGAUUGUCGUCUACACUCCCACCGUCUCGGCUACCACUUUGACCACUCUUUCAGGUGCCAACGCCAAGCGUGCUGCUUCCGCUACCCCUUCUGCUCUCCAGAAGUACGCGCCUUCGGUUGUUACCCAGGCUUGUGGCUUGGCUGUCACCUCCGGCGCUACUGCCACCACCACCACCACUGCUUCUCCCACUACUGUCUACAUCGCCACGUCGGUUGUUCCUGCUUAGUAAAUGUUAGGAGAUGAUUGCUCUACUGCAGAAGUCAAGGACUGCAAAUAGAUCGCGGGUUUGAGCUUUUCUUAAUGAGGUGGUGUUUUCGGGUUUUGAUUUUUCUAAGAUAUCAUGGGAGGGAUCAGGGGG